UCGUGGUAUAAACACUACAAACUUGCAAACGACAAAUUAUAAGCCUGCCCUGUCCAGAUUCGUUACCGAUUCUGCGACAGAGGAAGUUUUGGAAUAUAACCUAGAAGAAGAAGAGGAAGGAGGCAAAUUUGCAAAGGAAGUCGACGGCACUAGAUGUUUUCUUGAAUUGCUAGCUGGAUUAGAAUCUUGUCACCGUAUUAGCUGCGAUACUGGCAUUGACAGCACCGCAGCCAAUACUGUGGCAAGAUUCUAAGAAUGAAAUCACACAGUGCGGAAAAGAGCUGCGGAAUAGAGAAUGUGUCAUUAAAGCAAUCAAUCAGCAUUAUUCUGCAUUAUUUUGAAUAGCGUUAGAUUUCAAUGAUCUUUAUCCUAAUCCAGCUAGCAAUCCAGCAGGAAAACAAGCAUCGUAUACCACAGGUUUUAGUUUUCUUCUGGUCGGAUUCGUCAUCAUUUCAUUGACUUGUUUUUUUUUUGCAAUGGAUGGUGUGGACUUAUUUAACGUGUUUCUUACAACACAUAAAGUACAACUUCAAUCUUAUGGUGUCCCACAUUUAUUUUGGAAAGUUUUAUAUAAAAAAUUAACAGAUCAGAUUUAUGAUGCUGGUCUUGUCUUCCAAUUAAUAAAAGUAGAAUAUGAAAAUGGAGAAAAGCAUGUUACAGAGCCAAUAUGGAAGUUAAUUGUAUCUGUAGAGAAUGGUAUUUCUGUUCAAGAUUCUAAUAAUAUUUAUCUUAUUGAUCAUGCAUGGACAUAUGAUAUCAGUAGUGUUCAACAGAAUUUAAUUCAAGUUCCUGGCUUACUUGAUCGAAUGUGCAUUCUUAUGGGAAUAAAUACAGAACUGGAUGAGCAGAAAAAAGUAGAGGAUGUUACAAACGAAAUGUGGCGUUACAAUCAAUCAUAUUCAGUAAACUAUGGAGAGAUAGAAGAUAGAAUGCCAAUAUGGUACAUUAUGGAUGAAGUUGGUUCAGCAAUAAAUCACAGUGAUGAUCCAAAUUUUAGAGCAGUUCCUUUUUUAUAUUUGCCAGAAGGUGUAAUUUAUACGCUUCUAUUUCCUACAAAAGACGUUACUGCAGGCGAUGAAGUUACGAGAGAUUUUGUGGAAGGUCAAACGAAGGAUCCUGAAAAAAGACGCGCACUAUUAUUACCUUGGGUCCACAGUACUUUUGAAGAUGAAAGUUUUGAACAGAAUGAACCAGAUGCAGAUUAUUUUUUAGCAGGUCAUGUUCCUGAAAGCUUGCCGGAAAACUUGAAUGUAAUCAAGGCAAAUAACAGCAGGAAAUUAAAGGUUUUUUCACAAUACAGUUAUGUGAAUAAUUACUUGACAGAUCCAGCAUUUGAAGUUACUGACAACGAAGAAGAAGCAGACAUAUUAUGGUUUGUAUCUCAUUACAAGAUGUACAAGGAAUUAAAUGUUUCUUCGUCUCACGUUUUUGUAAAUCAAUUUCCAUAUGAGAAUGUUUUGACGACAAAAGAUCUUCUAUCGAUUGUAUGCAGAAGAAAGGCAAUGAACAAAUUGUAUGAUUCGGAUACUCUCGAAACUUAUCCAGCAUGGUUACCGACGACAUAUAAUCUGAGUACGGAAUUGGUACAAUUUGUUGCUUAUUUCAUGCAACGAGCAAAUAAAGAUUUGGAUAAUCAUUGGAUUUGCAAACCAUGGAACUUGGCAAGAAGUUUAGAUACUCAUAUCACAAAUAAUCUCUAUUAUAUUCUACGGCUGCCUUGUACAGGCCCAAAAAUUGUGCAAAAGUACAUUGAACGGCCAGUUUUAUAUAAUAGAUCAGAUAUUAAUCAAGUAAAAUUCGACGUGAGAUAUGUUGUGUUGCUUAAAUCUGUAAAGCCGCUACGUGCGUAUGCUUAUGCAAACUUCUUCCUGCGUUUUGCGAAUCAACCAUUCGCAUUGAACAAUUUUAAUGCUUAUGAGCAACAUUUCACCGUGAUGAAUUAUACCGAGGAGAAUUCACUAUUCCAUGAGAAAUGUGCCGAUUUCAUCAUAGAAUGGGAAAAUCAGUAUCCCAAUUAUCCCUGGAAAACUUAUGUCGAGCCAAAGAUUCUUUCUGUUUUAAGACAGAUCUUUGAAGCUGCAGUUGCGCAGCCGCCUCCAAAAGGAAUAGCCGAAAAUCCGCAAAGCAGAGCUGUGUACGCUGCCGAUAUGAUGUUGGAAUGGAGAGAUUGCGAAAUGCAACCCAAGCUGUUGGAAAUAAAUUUUACGCCUGAUUGUCAGCGUGCGUGCGAAUAUUAUCCGGACUUCUACAAUGAUAUUUUUAAAUGCUUGUUCCUAGAUAUUGACAAUCCAGAAGUUUUUCAUGCAUUAGAUUCAAUCAGCGAAUAA